AUUGUUUCAGUGAAAAAACACCGGCACUAUAUUUUAAUUUUAGAAUUAUUGUAAAUCAGAUUGACGUUAAUGACAGAUUCUAUGAAGUAUUAAAUUGUCAUAAUAUAUUUAUAUAUAUAUAAUAUAUAAUCAAGUAAUUUAUAUGACAUUAUUGAAGGGAUAAUUAACCGAAAACAGUAAUUAAGUGUAUUAACUGCAAUGAGUGAUACGGAUAAAUUACAAUUACCUGAUGAACAUGUGUUCGUCGUUCCAAGUAGAGCUAUUAAGGUUCCGCUUGAUAUGGCUGUUUGGGAAAAGUCCGAAGCCUAUUUUGAAUAUCUAGGAUUUAUAUUAGCGUUAAAUAAAUCUAUAGAAGGCAAAUCAUUAGAUUUUGGAUGCGAACAAUCUCCAGCAGUUAAAAAUAUAUUAACAAUGAUUGAUAAUUUAGAUGAAUGGAUAACGCAAAUACCACCAACUGAACAACCUCAACGAUUUGGAAAUAAAUCUUUUAGAACCUGGCAUACUAGGUUGCGAGAGAAAGGCACAGAAGAGUUACAGCAAGCGUUACCAGAAAAAUUACAUAGAGCUAUACCAGAAAUAAUUGAGUAUUUAUACGAAAGUUUUGGCAAUGCAACACGUAUCGAUUAUGGAACGGGACACGAAAUGGCAUUUUUAAUGUUCUUAUGUUGUUUGUUUAAAAUUCAAGCUUUUAAAGAAAAUGAUAAAGUUGCUGUUGCUAUAAAAGUAUUUAAUAGAUAUUUACAAUUAGUACGUAGACUUCAAAUAACAUACCGUAUGGAGCCAGCAGGUAGUCAUGGUGUUUGGAGUUUGGAUGAUUAUCAAUUUGUACCUUUUAUAUGGGGAAGUUCUCAACUGAUCGGACAUCCACGAAUCGAACCUCGUCAUUUUGUAGAUCAAGAUAUUAUAGAAAUUCAUGCGAAACAAUACAUGUUUCUUGGAUGUAUAGAAUUUAUCUCGAAGGUUAAGAUAGGACCAUUCGCAGAACAUUCAAAUCAACUGUGGAAUGUGAGCGCAGUCUCAUCAUGGGCAAAAGUUAAUAACGGGCUUAUUAAGAUGUAUAAAGUGGAGGUAUUAUCAAAGUUUCCUGUAAUUCAACACGUUUUAUUUGGAUCUUUGCUACCAAUAAAACCAGCCAUUACUUGUCCCAAUGUCAGAGGUGCUUGUCUUGAUCCUCCGUUACUACCACCACCGCAAUUACAUUAAUACACCUUAAUUCAUUGAAUGAAUGAAUGAAUUAAUUAAUUAGUUAAUUUUCUUAUUUUUCAUUUCUAUAUUAUCUAUAAAAAUCUUAUAAAUCAAUCUUGUAUCAUAUGGUGAUAUUUAGGCCUAGGCUAUUAUAAAGAUUAAAAUAUAGCCUGAAUUACUAUUUGGCAAUAAAUUUGUGAAUUUUAGAACAUAAGCAACAGAAUAUUAUAACUUUUACGUGAAAAUAUUUAAAUAAAUAUGUCUUACUGUUAAAUAAA